AUGUGAAUGCACGUAAGGCAAUGCGUGGAGCGCUUUGAAGACAGACAAGGCAGGUGAAUACCAUACCGGGCAAGGGUGCUAGAUGCCGGGGCACUGAUAUUUUGCAACCAAGGCUGAUCAGAGCUGUUUGUUUUAGGACGUGGUUUUGUUGGACCCUUUUUACAGCAGAACUUGUCUCAAGGAAGUUGCACUGAUGAGGAGGCUGCUGCUUCUUUCAAGCUCUGUGUGCCAUGGAACAGAAGGUUUCAUGGGCUGGUGUAGUGAUAUUGUGAGCGAAUAUCUCGGCAAGGAGGUUACCAGAGUGCUGUUCAUUCCUUACGCACUUUUCGACUACGAUGAAUACACAUCGGCGCCGAGAAACAAGCUGAAACAACUGGGCUACGAAGUGGACGGGAUCCACGAGCUAGAGAACCCGGUCCAGGCGGUGGAGCGCGCUCAGGCGAUUUACAUUGGAGGAGGAAACACUUUUCGCCUGCUGAAAUCACUGUACGACCACGGUCUGGUUGACGUCAUUCGCAAGCGUGUGCUGGAGGAAGGUGUUCCCUACAUUGGCUCCAGUGCCGGAACUAACGUGGCAACUGUGAGCAUCUGCACCACAAACGACAUGCCGAUCGUGUACCCGCCGACCUUCGACGCGCUGGGGCUGGUGCCCUUCAACAUCAACCCGCACUACAUUGACCCGGAACCAAACUCCACGCACAAGGGGGAGACGCGAGAAAAGAGGAUCAACGAGUACCACAUGUACGCCGACAGGCCUCCCGUGCUGGGUCUGCGAGAGGGCAGCUGCCUGUACGUCCACGGCAACAAAGCUGUCCUGAAGGGUUCGUCUGGGGCCAAACUGUUCAAGCCCAAGGCGGAACCUGUGGAGUUCGCGUCUUCUGCUGACCUCAGUUUCCUCCUCGAGUGAAGGUUCGGGAGCAGUUGUGGCUUCGCUUGUCAAUCGUGCGUCCGGAACAUGGCAGGCGCCUUCCAAGCACGUCAAGAGGGGCCAUGUUCUGAAAUCGAAAUAUUACUUCUGAUACAAGCGCGAUGACUUCUGGUUCAAAUUUAGCAACACACGAUACAAAUGUGCGGACCGAUUCGCGCGAGGGAUUUUAGGGACGCGCUUACCGUAAUGAUGGCAAGGUGCAGGGAGUAAGUUUGCUUGUCGCACGAUCCUGCUGACAUAUGAUUGAAAUCAAACCCGAACUAUGAUCCGAUUUGAAAUGAUGAUCCGGCUGAAAAGUGAGUGCAUCUCGCUAGUGCGCUGCCUGAAUCCGUUCUUGGUAUGCGCCCGUAUAAUGGUGAUGGUUGUGAUGAAAGGAGUGAUGCUGUAAAAGGAUUUCUCGUCGUGAUGUGCAAAUGGUCACGAACAUUUUGCAUUUUUGCCGUGUCUUUGUCUGUGUACGAUUGCUGUCCGUGACGCACCGUUACGCGGCUUGCAUUGAAGUUCGUGUAAUACAAAAAAACGGAAAUGA